CGGCGCUCGGCCCCCGCCCUUCCCCCGCCCGGCCGUUGGCGCAGCGCGGCCCGCGGCGGGGAGCCGGGCGCCCCUGGGACGGCGGCGGCGCUGCUCCUCUCCCGGGAGGAGGAGCGAGGCCCAGCGCGGCGGGCCAGGGCUGGCGGAGGCGGGAAAGCCUGGUCUGCCGUCGGGCGGAGAGGAGAGAAGGAGGAUGUGACUCCGCGGGAAGAUGAAACCGGGCGCUGCGGAGGCCGCCGACAAAGGAGCGCGUCGCCCAGAUGGAAUGCAAGUAAAAGCAGAAAAGAUAAGAUCUUCUCUGAAGAAUGUGAAAAAAGAUACAGGAAAACCAGAGAAGCUUAAAUAUAAGCCACUCACUGGGAAGGUGUUUUACCUCGAUAUUCCGUCAAAUGUGAUCUCUGAAAAAAUAGGAAAGGACCUCAAAGAGCUAGGAGGGAGAGUGGAGAGUUUUCUUAGUAAAGAUAUCAGCUAUCUGGUGUCUAAUAAAAAGGAGGCAAAAUUUGCACCAACUCUUGGUCAGAUUUCUCCCGUUCCUAGCCCAGAAUCUGCACGUAAUGGAGGAAAUAGUUCAUCUCAUCCUAGCAACCAAAAAGAUCGACAUGACGGAAGUUCAUUGAAGAUAGCAGGCACAGCACGUAUGAGCAGAGGAAAAUCCUUAGUUGAAAAAGCAAUCAAAGAGCAGGACUUAAUUCCCUCUGGAAGUAUACUAUCCAAUGCUUUGAGUUGGGGAGUGAAGAUACUUCAUAUUGAUGAUGUUAAGAAUUACAUUGAACAAAAGAAAAAGGAGCUCUACCUAAUCAAAAAAGCAGGCAUUACUUUUAAAGAUGGGGGAAAACAAGUUACUGAUCCAAGGUCAAGAAGUAGACUGAAAAAUCCAUUUGUCAAGGUGGAAGAUAGAAGUCGCCAGUACCGACCGUUUUAUCUGCAGUUACCCAGUUUUCCAGUUCUGAACUACUGUGUUCCAAAACCAUACAGUCCAUUUGAGGUGGAUAAGAAGUAUCCUUCUGGUCAAAAGCAGGCUCAGUCUAAGCAAAGAAACAAAAUAAAUAGUGACAAGGACUGCGGAACUCCUGUUCAGCUCCCUCAGAAGGACAAAAAAAAGAGAGGCUAUUGUGAAUGUUGUGGGAAGAAAUAUGAAGAUCUGGAAACACAUCUUGAAAGUGAGCAGCACCGAACUUUUGCACAAAGCACAGAGUAUCAAGUUGUUGAUGAUAUAAUCUCAAAGUUUGUUUAUGAGUUUGUUGAACACAAAGAUGAUGAAAACAAAAUAAAAAGGACAAAAUGUAGUACAGGAUAUUUUUCUCCUAUUAUUGGAAAGAUAACUAGACCAGAUGAGCUGAAAGAACGACUGAAAAAGCAACGCAUUUCAUUGAAAACUUACUCGUGGAAGGAUACGGCAAUGCGGGCACUCAAACUGGAUCGCCAGCCUGCAGAAGUACAACCAAAUUCUGUGCCAGUACCUACCCCUGUUUCUGGAUCUGUAUGUUCAGUUCUUUCUUCUCACCUGUCACAACCUUCAGAACUAAAAAGUAAGUGCAGGAAUAAUGAUGAAAACAUUAGAACUGAUUGUUCCUGUGCUGCAAACUUAAGAGAGACCGUUGUAUUAUCAAAUUUCUUAGAACCACCCCCUCAGAAAGAUGACAAAGCAUACAUGGAGAACUUCUCUCGAGCUUAUGAGCCAUUCAGUAAAGAAAUACUGGAACCAGAAGGAAAUAAAAAGAAUAUACAGUGUUUUCAGGAAGGUAUGUGUACUUUAUAUUCUUGUACUGAAGUUACAGAUUUUAGUGAAAAAGACAAAAACCUGUCACAGCCAAAACGAAAAUUAAAUAAUGCAGUAGUUCUACCAGCAAAGUGUUUGAAAAAAACAGAUGCCGAUCCUACGUUUGUCAAGAAACAUCGUGAUUUCUGUGAUAAUCAUCAACAGAUGCAGCCCAGUGUAGUUCUGGAGGCUGAGGUAUCUGAUACUGCUAUAAACAAAGAACUUAAUGAACUGACUGCCAGCACUGCACAUAGUUCACCGUCUGGAAAGCUGCGCAGAAAAGUGAAGCUUUACUUGGGAAGAAAUAAAAGAGAAACCCGGAAACAGAAUACAGAGUUAUGUGUGAAAUAUACAGAUGGCCAGUCUGUUCCUGAAGAGAAGAGAAGUUCUUGUAGCUCACCAGUGCAGGCCCUACUGGAAUUAUUUCAUACAAGUGAAUUAAACUUGGAAUUUGGAGGUAUUUCAGGUUACACUGAGAACAAAGGUUCAACUAGCAUAAGAGAUAUUUGGGAAGGGCAGAAUACAAAUGUUGUGUGGUCAUUAUUUUCCUCUUCAUCCUCAUCCCCCUUUGCUGGAUUUUAAUGCUGCUUUAUUUAAUACAGUAAUUCUCAAAGAAACUGGCAAAUCUAAGAUUUUAUUCAUGGAACCUUUACUUGCUGUAUUAUAUGUACAGAUGGUUUGGUUUUCAAGUUUUUUUAAUGCAAAAACUUCUGUAUAUGUAAAUACGAAAAAUAAAAAGAAGGUACUCUUU